AUGGCUGAUUCUGCCAACAUUACUCUUUUGAAUUGGAACAUCUAUGGCCUUAAUGCAGGACACCUCAAAGAGAGAACAGAGUACAUAUGUGAUUAUAUCCUCUCUCGCUCUCCUACUGUAGUAUAUCUACAAGAAGUGGUCCAUUCAACAUGGCCAAUGAUCACAAGCAAGCUAAAAGAGGACUAUGCAUGCUACUGUGGCGUCCCUAGAUGUCACUACUUCAAUGGUUUGCUGGUUCGUAAAUCCUCAGAGAUCACGCCACUCUCCGAAAGAGAGGAAGUCGUUGAGUUUCCAACUUCAGGGAUGGGCCGAUACCUGAUUGGGCUACCAGUCUGUGUCCACGGUAGCAAAUUGUACUUUCUUACAUCGCACAUAGAGAGCCUCGAUCAGGACAGAAAUAUAAUUGAGAGAAAGAAGCAGAUACGGGAGGCACUAAAGAUAAUGACAGACAAGCAUAAAAAUGACGGAUUUGUCUCUUGUGUCUUUGGAGGUGAUCUCAACACUAAGGACAAUGAAAUCUCAGAAAUUGGACUACCAGAAGGUGUGGUUGAUGUUUGGGAGGCUACAGGCUCCAACUCUAAGGAGAAAAAAACGUGGAACACCAAUGUACCUGUUGUACGCUGUGACAGAGUUUAUUUUUGUCCACAGGAAGGGCCAUUAGCACCCAAUAGCUUUAGUCUGAUUGGUGGGGAGAGAUUAAAGGGCCUGGGCUGUUUCCCUAGUGAUCAUUUUGGGAUUUGGAUUGAAUUUAAAUUGAACAAAAAAUAA